AUGAAUGCUCCAUUCCCAGAAAAGAUGAUAGAGAAAUUUGUAUAGUUUAUUAUGUUAACUCUUUAUAGAAUAAAUAAAUGGAAGUAUUUGUAAAACAUGAAGAAUUACUUUAGAAAUAGAGACAAGCAUAUGAGUAAAAACUUAAUAAUAUAUUUGAUCGAAAUUUGCAACUGGAAGAGAAGGAUAGAAGUAUGCAUGAAUAAGUACCCAUUGAUUCAAAUAGAUCUUAUCAUCAAGAUACUAAAAUGAAUAAUAGAAAAUAUAGUAGGAGAAGUUUAAAUAAUUACAAUAAUUAUAGAAACAAAAGAAAGAUAAAAAAUAAGCAGCUAAUGAAUUAUGGUAAUAAGAACAGAAAUAAAAUGAAAAAGAAAUAUAAUAGAAAUUGUUUGAAAUUCAAUAAAAGAUAAAAUAUGAAGAAUUCAAAAGGAAGACAGAUGAUUUGAUGACUUAAUUAGAUAAUAAUUUAAGGAAACUUAAUUUACAUUAUCUUGAGAAACAAGAGAAGAAAGAGAAAUAUUUAAAUGAUUUCAUAAAUUAGAAGUAAUAGACUUUGAAUACAUCAAUGUAAAUUACUGAAUCUCAUCACUAAAAUGUUUAUUCAAAUUAUUAAUAAUAAAUGAAGAGAAUUUAGGAAGUAAUUAACAUUUUUAAUGUUAGAUUUGUUAAUUGAAAUUGAAACAAUAUUAAAGUAAAAUUAAAUAAAUUAAUCAAUAAAAACUAUCCUAAAUUGAUUUACUUAAUUAGAAGGCAUAACAAAAUUCUGAACAUUAAGAAAAUAUUAAAUAUAAAUCAUAUUAGAUUUAUUAAAACAAAUUAUCAAAAUUAUAAAAUAAGAUGAAUUAUUUUUAAGAUAAGAUCAAUUAAAUUGAAAAGAAAAGAUUACAAUAAUUAUAAAUGAAUUAUUUAUAAGAAUAAGAUAUGAAUCAAAAGAGAAAUGAUGUUAGAGCAAAAUCUGAAAAUAUUUAUAGAAAUAAAUCUAUAAAUAUUUUGAAUAAAUAAUUAGAAAAAGAUAAAUCAUUUUAAUUUGUUCAAUAAUAGAAUUAAAUGGAAUUAUAAUAGAAAUUACAAAGAUUAAAUUAAAAAUGGUAAAUAUAAUAGAACUAAGUUUAAAAAGCAGAUUAAUUGAAAUAAUCUUACUUCUCAUCAUUAGAAUAAAAGAUUACUUAAAGAGAUUAAAGAUUAUAAGAUUAAAUGUAAUUUAAUUAUAUUUAAUAACUAUAGAUAAAAUAAAUUAGAUAUUCAAAAAAGAAGAUUAAAAGUAAUUGAAGAUAUGGAAAGAUAAAAAAGAGAUUUAUUAUUUAAAUUAGAAUAAGACAAAGUUCCAUUUACAAAUACAUCUGAAAUGAAAUAUUUGUAUAGCACACCAAAAUAAUAGUAAUCUAAAUUGUUUAUUACAUGA